CCUUUGGACACUUUCCCGACACGACCGACACGACAAGAUGGCCGACUACGCCAAAGUUGAACACGACCCUGUGGAACACAUCCGCACCAACCAUGAGCCCAACGUAGUCUUUGCCAUCCACCGCAACAAGAACAAGAACGUCGUGAGCUACGCUGUGAACCACGCUAACGGUGCGAUUGAUGCCAAGGAACCGUUGACCGUGGACUGGAUCAUGUUUGAAAACAACCCCGUCGGCCGCGAAGGCCUCAACAUGAUUGAGCGCAACACUGCGUACGGUGUCACCGUGACGCCCUGGGAAGGCAAGGCCGGUGUGUUCAAGGUCGUGUUGGCGUCGCUCCCUGACAAGACGAUCGAACUUGCCCUCGUCGACGGCAAGCCAAUUGCCCACACUGACAUCAACGGCGUUGCCGGGUGCAAAUUGAACCGCGUGUUCGUCACGUCCACCACGUCAUGGGGGAUGCCCAAGGUUCAGCACAUUGAAAUCUUCGGCACGGACCCGUCUGGAACUGCUGUCGUGGAAAAAAAGAUCCCAUAAUUGCACCGAAUCAUCAUAUCCGCGCACUACUGUCCCUCUUCCCUCUUGUCCCUUUUUGCGCUUCUGCACAUGUAGCGAGGGUGGUGCGUGCUGCUCGACAUCUCCUUCUACGGCAGUACAUCACGCCACACUAGGCAGUAGCCAUCACCCUGACUUGACGUCGCAUACCAAAAAUAUUGCAACUUUUACGA